CCGAGCCUUAUCUCCACAGAGCCACAACUCCUCUCUCUCUCUCUAAAACGAUGGAGUUGACAGCAUCGACUUCGCUCUCUCUCUCUAGGGCUUUUGCCCCAACCAUUUCUUCAAAGCUACACCCUCGCUACUUCCACUUCUUCUCCGUCUCCGUACCCAUCUUCGCCAAAUUCCAAUCCACAUCCUCAGUUCCCCCUAAAUUCUCUUCAUCGAUCGUCCGCAGUUCCGGCUCCAUCUCCGCCAAGCCAUCCUCGGAGCUCAAAAAGAAGCGCGCCGAUUCCCAGCAAGACCUCAAGCUUCGAGCUCUCCGAGAGCUCUUCUCCAAGCCUGGAAUUGGUAUUGACGCUUACAUCAUCCCUUCUCAGGACGCUCAUCAGAGUGAAUUUAUUGCGGAAAACUAUAUGAGGAGGGCCUACAUAUCAGGAUUUACUGGUAGUGCUGGCACCGCUGUUGUCACAAAAGAUAAAGCAGCUCUUUGGACAGAUGGACGAUAUUUUCUUCAGGCCGAGAAGCAAUUGAGUUCCAGCUGGAUUCUCAUGCGGGCUGGCAAUUUGGGAGUACCUACCACUAGUGAAUGGCUAAAUAAUGUUUUGGCUCCUGGCUGUAAAGUUGGUAUUGAUCCUUUUCUUUUUUCUUCUGAUGCUGCAGAGGAAUUGAAAGAGGAAAUAUCUAAGAAAAACCAUGAGUUAGUGUACUUGUAUGACAUAAACCUAGUAGAUAAAAUAUGGGGAGACUCAAGGCCAAAGCCUCCAAGCAGACCUAUAAGAGUACAUGACCUAAAAUAUGCCGGUGUUGAUGUGGGAUCAAAACUAUCUUCCCUGAGGUCUGAACUCGGUGAUGGUGGUUCCUCUGCAAUUGUUAUCUCCAUGCUUGAUGAAAUUGCUUGGCUGCUGAACUUGAGAGGGAAUGAUGUCCCACAUUCGCCUGUUAUGUAUGCAUACUUAAUAGUGGAGAUGGAUGGAGCAAAAUUGUUUAUCGAUAAUUCUAAAGUCAGCAUAGAAGUAAUUGGCUACUUGAAGAAUGCAGGCAUAGAGUUGAGACCCUAUGAAUCAAUUCUUUCGGAGGUAGAAAGUUUGGCGAUGAGAGGGGCACAUCUUUGGUUGGAUACUUCAUCUGUUAAUGCUGCUAUUGUUAAUACCUACAAGUCUGCAUGUGAGAGAUGUUAUGGGAGCCUUGGGAAUGAAAGCAACAAAAGCAAACAUAAUGCCAAAUCAUAUGAUGGUUACAAUGGUCAAUCUGGGGGACCUGCUGCAGUUUACAGACCAUCUCCCAUUUCUAUGGCAAAGGCUGUGAAAAAUCAUGCUGAAUUAGAAGGAAUGCUUAAUUGUCAUCUAAGAGAUGCAGCUGCUCUAGCACAAUUCUGGGCUUGGCUGGAGGAGGAAAUUCAGAAAGACGUAGUAUUAACAGAGGUUGAAAUUGCAGACAAACUUCUCGGAUUUCGUUCAAAGCAAGCUGGUUUUCUUGACACAAGUUUCGAUACAAUAAGUGCUUCUGGUGCAAAUGGUGCUAUUAUACAUUACAAACCAGAACCAGAUAAUUGUAGUAUUGUGGAUGCAAAAACACUUUUCCUGUUAGACAGUGGAGCUCAAUAUGUUGAUGGAACAACUGAUGUGACCAGGACAGUGCACUUUGGGGAACCAUCUGCAAGGCAAAAAGAAUGUUUCACUCGUGUUCUACAGGGUCAUAUAGCUCUUGACCAGGCAGUGUUCCCAGAAAAUACCCCAGGUUUUGUAUUGGAUGCUUUUGCCCGCUCGUUUCUUUGGAAGAUUGGACUUGAUUACCGACAUGGGACUGGGCAUGGUGUAGGAGCAGCAUUAAAUGUUCAUGAAGGACCUCAAAGUGUUAGCUUUCGAUUUGGAAAUAUGACCCCUUUGCAGAUAGGCAUGGUUGUCAGCAAUGAGCCUGGUUAUUAUGAAGACCAUGCAUUUGGAAUUCGGAUUGAGAAUCUCCUUUAUGUGGAUGAAAUCAACACCCCAAAUCGUUUUGGGGGAAAUAGCUAUAUGGGAUUUCAAAAGCUCACAUUUGUUCCUAUACAGGCUAAGUUGGUUGACUUAUCUUUGCUCUCUAUUUCCGAGAUUGAGUGGAUCAAUAAUUACCAUUCACAAGUUUGGGAGAAGGUUUCACCUCUGCUGGAUGGUUCUGCCCGUCAAUGGCUGUGGAACAACACACGGCCCCUUGCAAAACCAUAGAUUCUAUGCCACAUUUGAUCAUUCAAGUUUUGUACAUUGAAUAUGGAACUUCUCAGUUACACUUGAUUGGAAAAAUUGUAGAUAUUUGUUUGGUUUGUGUUUUCUUUACACUCUGCUUGUAAAUUGAAAAAUCUGCUCAACACUUGCAUUAUUUACGGUGUCACUAUUUAUGGCAGUUGAUCCAAAGUCAAUGACCAUGGAUAGAAAUGAUUUAAGAGAACUGAUCACACUUUUAUUAAAUUGAACUGAUGACCAUUUAUACAGGUGUAGUUGGUUGAUUUAA